CCUAAUUUUUUUUUUUUGCUUCGACUCCGACUCCUGGUUUUUUUUUGUUUUAAUACGACUCCGACUCCUCAAUUUCUUGUUAAUUCGACUCCGACUUACUGAAUUUUUUAUUUAACGGAAAAAUUCAAAAUUCGGUACAUUGAACGGUAAAACGGGCGCCAUCCAGUGGUACGUAUAUUUACUAACGACUCGAUAAUACAGUUCCAUGCCGGGUUCCGGGGAACCACGGCUCUGUUGGAUUAAAAAAAACUUCAUCUAACCGAUUUCUAACCUAUAAAAAACAACGAACUCUCUUUGGCAUCCGUUAACAACUUUUGAACUUCGAACUUCUUCAAAUACCAUUACCUGAUUAAUUGGUUAUCAUAUUAAUCAUAUUAAUUGGUUGUCGAUACCAAUCUAAUCUAUUCCUCUAAUAUUAAGUAUGUGAGUAUUUAAUAUUAACUAUUUUAUUCAUUAUUAUUUAUUAUACGAUACGCAGAAGUUUGCUAAUAAAGAGACACAGUGAAUUCUUUAUGUUAUUACGAUUUAACCAAUAUACUUGAUACUUUUAUACCAAUGUCGCUAAUUUAGGAGAUACAGGUUAUUCAAGAAAGUAUUUGUUUAAAUUUAUCGUUUGUUGAUUGUAAAGGGUGGUACUUUUUUUUGUAAACUGAAUUAGGGUCUGUGGAAUUUAUGCAUCUGAAAAAGCAUUAAAUUUUACAUAAAAAUGAUAUUUUUAUUUAGUUUAUUUAUUUAGCAGAGCAAUGAUUAUGUUUCAUGUAUUUAUCUUCAUUUUUAAUUUUUCCUUACUUUUCUGAAUGAUAAAUAAUAACAAUAAAAAUUUUCAAAAUUAUAAAAAGUAAAUAUACAAGGUCUUUCAAAACAUGUAUCUCGGAAAGGGUGCGUUUGUGGAACCAUGUUUAAUGGGAACUUUUUUUCUUACAAUUAGGCAAGAAAUCCCACCCUUUAUUUUCCGACACGUUUUGAAACACCCUAUAUUAAAAAUACUUUUUUGUACAGCAUGUAUGUCCAAAGGGCAAAGACGAUAGAUACAUAAAGAGAUCACUGCUGCUCUGUUGUCCAUUAACAACGGACGCGGAUCACUCUGUCUAAAGCAAAAAAGUUAUAGUUAUGAAUGAUUUUUUCCCAGUCGUUGAAAUGUCACAAAAGGAAAGAGCUAAAUCGGAAAUAUACAAAUAUUUCGAAUUGACAGACGAUAAAAAACAUUAUAUUUGCCAAGUGACAUGCAUUAUGGACGGCGCUAGUGGCGCUACUAGUAAGACUAUUUGUGGAACAAAAAUAAGCGCGUUUACCACCAAUGACUCAAAAAAUACUCCUACAAGAGCUUUUAAUUUAAAACGCCAUAUAGACCGUCAUCAUAUCAACUUAUCAAAAGCGAUUAAUGAAAACAAAAAUAACAUACAAGAAGCAAAGGUUUUAAAACGAUCUGGAAGUCCUCUUCAAUAUCCGAUAGCCAAAUAUUUUAAAAGUGACAAAAUAAUAAUAACAAUGACACAAUAAACGUUCAAAGAAUGCAUAAUCAACAUGGUUGUACAAAACUCUGUGCCUUUGUCAUUCUUUGAAAGUACAGCCUUUUUGCAAUUAAAUAGAGAAAUUGCUAAAAAACUUGAUGUACAAUUAGGAAGAGAAAACAUAAGAACACUAAUAAUAAACGCAGCAAAUAUUAAAAAACUAUCGCUUAAAAACAAAUUGGAAUCAAAAUUAAUACAUUUAAAAAUGGAUGCAUGCACUCGACAAAGGACAAAUUAUUUUGGUAUUAACGUGCAAUUCGUGGACGAUAACGAUAAAAUAUGUAUAAAUACAAUUGCAGUUAAAGAUACAAAAGCUCAACAUGGUAGUGAUUUUUUAAAAACACUAAUAAUUGACGUUUUACGUGAAUAUGACAUUAAAUUCCAACAAAUUUUAAGUAUUGUGACAGAUAAUGCUAGCAAUAUGAAGACGACUAUUGAUAAAUUAAAUCUAGAUGAAUCACUCCAAAAUCAUAAAAGUAACGAAGACAAUGUUGAUGACGAAGAAAUUGUAAUUGAUUUAGAAACGGAAUAUAUUGCACUUGCUAGUCAACUCAAAAUAAAUCACAUGCGCUGUGCUGCUCAUACUUUACAGCUCGCAAUAAGAGAUGGUUUAAAAGAGGUUCAUGCAACACAAUUGAUUGGCAAAAUACGAAAUAUUGUAGUAAUAUUACGGAAUCCGAAAAUUGAUGGCUUACUUAAACGGAAAGCAGGGAAAGGAGCAAUUAUUGAUCAACCUACACGAUGGGGUAGUACAUUUGUAAUGAUUAAACGUUUUUUGGAGUUGAAACCAUUCAUAUCGGAUUUGGUUCAUCCUGACAUUGUGUUGACCGAAGAUAUGGAUCCAAAUUAUGGAAUUGGAAACAUUAUUACGCCAACCCCACAUUGUAACCGUACAAUUGCAAUCGGCAGAUUUAACUCCAGGUGUAUUUUUAAAGGAGUGGAAAAAUUUAAUUUUUAAUCUUUCUAAAAUUGAAGGAUCGAUAGCAGAAGGGAUUAGAAGUUCUAUGAUUCGGAGAGAAAGUCUCCUGUUAGAUAACGAUAUUCUUCUGGCAGCAAUAUAUACAUUGAUCCUAUGUAUCGAAUAUUACUUUCAGAGGAACAGAUGAUAAGAGGUAGAAAAUCUUUUUAUACAGUUGGAUUAAGAAUGUUUAAUAAAAACUUAGAAGAUAAGAAAGUUGCUGGGUUAUGUGAGUCUCAAACUAUUACAGAAACAAAACAAAAUCAGAGCAUUAUUGAAAUUCUUGAAAAUACAAAUGAUUUUGAACAAUUUUUAGACGACGAAGAAAAUAAAAGAAGUGAACCUCAUUUAAAAUCAGAUUUAUCUGACAAUGACAAUUAUUCAAACAAAAUUUUGAAAAUGCAUUAGCAUUGGUGGAGAGAUUUAAGAGAUAUAGUAAAUUAACUGUAAAAGAAGCUAUUCCAAAAUAUCCCAAAAUAGUUCAAAAUAGUGCAUGGGUUGUAACCGCUUUGCCACCACCGCAAGUCAGUGUGGAACGGUUAUUUUCCGCAUUGAAAAUAAUAAAAUCUGAUCUGAGAGCAUCACUCAAAGAUGACAUUUUAGAAGCUAUACUAUUUUUACGAACUAACGUUCAGUAUUUAUAAUUAAUAUUUAUUUUAUUUUGUGUUUAAAAAUAUUUUAUAAAAACAUUACAUUUAAUAAAUAUUGUGUAUCAAUUAGUAUUUAGUCGUGUGUAAUUAUGUUUGUAUCAUUUCUUUUGUUUGUGUUUUUAUAUCUUCUCUAUUUAUUUAAGUUAAGAAGUCGAGGUCGGAGUCGGACCAAUUAUAGUCGACUCCGAUUCCGACUUCACAUUCCUAAAUUGAUUAAAGACGACUCCGACUCCGACACCUCACAAAUUCACAGACUCCACGACUCCGAACUCCGACUCCGACUCUGACUCCACACCCCUGGUUCUUAGUAUAUAUCCUAUCCUAGUAGUAAUUGUAAUACCAUCCCUAGAUAUCAGCAUUUUGUCAUUGUUAUUAUUCAUCAGAAGUAUCGCAAUUGUGCGGUUUUUGGGUGUACCGACACUACUUCUACCCGGCAUAUGUUCCCAAAUCCACAGAAGAAAGAACAUUUGUUCAAUGAAUGGGUUUCAAGAUGUGGUAAUCAGAAAAUAUCUAAUGUACCACCACAGAUUGUGUCGUGUUUGUCAUAAUCAUUUCAAGGAAUGUGAUCGAAGCAGCAACAUGUAUUUGAAACCGAACACCAUACCUACUCUUCAUUUGCCAAUAAAAAGUAUAAAUUACAUUAGACAUCUAUUGGUUGCCUGUUAAUUAAAAGUAAUAAUAUUAUGGGGGAAGCUGUAAGUCAACUUCUGGAAAGCAAUUACGCGCUGCAGUAACUCAGCGGUCAAAACAUAUCAGUUUUUGGAUGGAUGCAAAAGGUAAUUAUAACGCAUUAAUAUAUGAAACAAACUAAGAUGAAUAUAAUAUGUUAUGUAAUAUAAUUUAAAUGAAAUUUACAAAAAAUAACAUAAUUUACAAAUUUGCAAUGGUUAAAAAUCCAAGUUUUAAUUAACGUUUAUAUUUUUUUGUUUUAGAGAAAAUGAGGAACAUGUUUUUUCAACAGGCAAAACAUGGAAAACUAAUGAAAACGUUAUCCCACCAAGUUUAAAAAACUUUAUUUUAAAUUUGGAGGGAUUCAUUGACCUCAGCCAAUUACUAUUUUCACAUGGGGCGUCCUAUUAUUUUCCACGGUGCCUCAACCAAGACCCUCUGGAAAACUUUUUCGGUCAGGUGCGUCAGCAUAGAGGUCGAAACACAAAUCCCACACCAAAACAUUUCACGGAAACAUUUAAAAGUCUAUUGAUAAGAAAAAUGGUUAGCACCCAUUCAGUGGGUACUAACUGUGAGGAAGAUUUCGAGUCUUCAUUAUUUCAAUUAAGGGAAUAUACAAAAGCAGCUUCUCCACGAAAUACUGUCCAGGAAGAAGUUGUAGAAAACGAUAAUGUCUACACAGUAAUAAACAAUAUAGAAAAAAAGACAGAUAGAUUCCGCGGCAAUUGGAUAUGUAAGUGGUUUCAUCACAAAAAAAUUAUUGCAAACAAUUUCCUGCAACUUUUGUAAACUACACAUUCUCAUUAACCAAAGUCUUGAUGCAAAUACUACAACAAUACAUUUAUAAAAGAAAAAGAAUUAUAUAAAUAUCGAAGUUUGCAAUAUUGUCAAGAGUCAUUUAUUGAAGACAUAGAAAAAUGUUAUAGUAUUACUAAGAGUAUAAUUCUAAAUUCGCUAUUUAGUAGAAAUAUUAAAAAAAAAUAUUUUUUAUUUGAAAAAACAUGUUCAAUUUACUUUUAUGUGUCAACAUAAAGCCGAGAUUGUAAAUUUAAUUUUAAACAAUAUUGUAAUAAUAACAAUACACUGCCUUUGUACCGGAAUAAACCGUAUUAUGGCUGGUAAGGAUACAA